UGUUUGCAGCUUCUCUGCACCGCGUAAAAAUCCACGUGAAUAAAUCAACACGCUGUUAAACAUUUAUUGUGGGGAAACACUGGCCUCUAAACGGCUUCAUUCAUUAGUCUCUCUCCCUGCCUCUCUCUCUGCUCAUUAGCUCGGGACAGAAAACAGCUCUCAGUGGCGCAUACCGCGCGUAAUGAGCUGCUGGAGAACAAAACGAGGCUCGCUGGAUUCGUGACAAACACUCCUGCUCACAUUAGAGCCCGUCUGCGUGUGGACAACGCGGUGAGUAACACCGGGGACUCCGCUCUUUAACAACCAGUUCAACUGUCACAGGUGAGCGCUGCGCCCCGUGACUCAGACCUGUUCCCUUUUCACAAGUUUCAAAACAUUUACGCGUGGAGUCGUGGGCUGAGUCCAGUUACAUCAUCAGCGACGGGCAUAAAAAAGAAGAAAAGAGAGCGCACACAGCAGCGGGGGGAGGACGCAAACAUGAAACCUGGAGAGGAAGCCUUUCUGCUCACUGUGGAGCCCCGAGCCGAAGCGAUGGACGCGAAUCCGCGCAGAGACGCGAAGAAGCCCAGGACGCUCCGCUGCAGCAUAAAGCUGUUCGUGCUCUGCCACGGCCUCCUGCAGUUGUCCCAGCUGCUGUACAGCGCCUACUUCAAGAGCACCAUCAGCACAAUUGAGAGACGCUACGGCCUCAGCAGCUACUCCUCGGGAACCAUUUCCUCUCUGCACGAGGUCAGUAACUGCAUACUGAUUGUGUUCGUGAGCUACUUUGGGAAUCGGGUCCACCGUCCUCGUAUCAUCGGCGUCGGUGGACUGCUGAUGGCCAUCAGUGCCAUGAUGCUGACCUUGCCUCACUUCCUGUCUCAGCCAUAUGAAUACGGCUCUGUUUUACAUAAUCGCCACGACAUGUGCAACCUGCAGAGCACCUCAAACAGCACACAGUCAUGCAACCGUGAUGAAACGAGACGUCUGACCGACACCAACAACCUGUGGCUGCUCAUGGCCAGCGCUCAGCUGCUUUUUGGUGUCGGAUCAGUGCCCAUCCAGCCCUAUGGGAUUUCCUACAUUGAUGAUUUUGCUGGGCCUGCAAAUUCCCCUCUCUACAUAGCCAUCCUGUUUGCAGUUUCUGUAUUCGGGCCUGCCUUCGGCUACCUGCUGGGCUCAGCCAUGCUGCGGGUCUAUGUGGAUGUGAACAUAAAAGAUUUGGGAGAAACUGCGCUCCAACUCAGACCUGGCGAUCCUCGCUGGAUCGGUGCCUGGUGGAUGGGCCUGCUCAUCUCUACCGGCUGCCUGGUUCUCACCUCUAUCCCCUACUUCUUCUUCCCCCGUACCAUGGCUUCGCAAGACCACGUGACUCGAAGUGAGUCCGGCUCAGAAGAUGAGGACUCUUUGCUGGGCUUCCUGAAGAGUUUUCCCAAAAAGUUUGUCGACCUCUUGCUGAGCCCUCUUUUCCUGAUCCUGGUCCUGGCCCAAUGCUGCUUCUCGUCGGUGAUUGCAGGGCUUGCUACGUUCCUUAACAAGUAUCUGGAGCGACAGUAUGCAACUACAGCCGCAUAUGCCAACCUGCUCUUUGGUUCUGUGAACCUACCGUCUGUGGCUGUGGGGAUGCUGGCUGGCGGGGUCAUCAUGAAGAGGGUGGGUCUCUCUCUGAAGGCUAUCCCACGUUUCGCUGUGGUGAUGCUGACCAUCUCCACCCUCUUCUGCAUCCCUCUGUUCUGGAUGGGCUGUUCAACACAGAAGGUUUCAGAGGUCAAUCAUUUCCAGAGCAGCCAGUCUUGGUCUCCACCCAUCUGCUACUCAAACUGCAACUGUCCUAACAGCACCUUUAAUCCCGUGUGCAGCUACGAUGGCAUUGAGUACAUCUCUCCGUGCCACGCUGGCUGCACAAACUUCACCAAAGACCCCGACAACCCCUACAGGAUUGGGGAGUAUACCAACUGCAGCUGCACUGCCAGCACUAAGGCCAAACCAGGUCCUUGUGAGAAUGGCUGCCCUCAUUUUCUUCACCCCGUCAUAAUCAUCAUCUCUCUAGCAUCCCUCAUCGCCUGCCUAACCCACAACCCCAUGUACAUGAUGGUGCUCAGAUCUGUUCCUUCUGAUGAGAAGUCAUUUGCCAUAGGAAUUCAGUUUUUACUCAUGAGACUGCUGGCCUGGCUCCCGGCCCCUGCUCUCUUUGGGAUGGCCAUCGACACAUCGUGCCUCAGGUGGAGAACUAUAUGCGAAAAGAAGUUUAGCUGUGGUUACUAUGACAACAACAUGUUGAGGAACCGGUAUCUGGGCUUACAGGUGGGUUAUAAGGUCAUGGGCAUUGUCCUGCUGAUGAUUCUCGGGUGGAAGGUGCACCGGACCGAGGAGUACAGUCUGGCAGAUGACAAGAAGGACCACUCUGAUUGUCCCGCUGAGAAGCAGGGUGAUCCAAACCUUUUAAAGCUUUGCUGCGGCGUUAAACGCUGAGUAAAGCUGUCAGUCGAAGGAAUCCAUAAUCAAGAUGGGCCAGCACUGUGACCUCAAUUUCUUUAGGCCCACUCCUCCUACCCAGUUCUUCACUGGUUGGACAGAGGAUAACCAUUUUCCACAGGGGAAAUAUCUCCAUGUUUCUGGAUGCAUUUUGAUUGGAGUAAUUCAGUAAUUAUGACCAGCAGAGUAUACGUUAAGACAAGACAGCUAAAGCACGUCGUUUGUGUGGUACCUCACAUUUUCCUUGGGUCCAGGACAGUGAACGGACUUUUGAACAACAGCUAAAUGUUUUUUAUGCGUACCUGAACAGUAGGAAUCUAUUCAGGUUUCUAUUUGCAAUGCGAACAUAUUCUGUAUCUAAUUAACUGUAUAGCUUAAUAUUUAAGUAUAUUUUUUUAUAGAUCAUUGUCUCAUACACAGAGACGUGUGAUUACUGCAAUACUCUUUUCAUAUAUGAGCCUUUGUAACACUUUAAUUGCAAUUAAUAUUCAGAUAUCAAGUACAUGCACUGUUACUCAUAAACUGAAUAAAAUGAAUUAACCAUGCA